UGGUUGCCGUGGGAACAGCUCCGCGGGCCCCGCAGCGGGACCCUGGACACGGGAUCCCCGGACCUGGUGUCUCCCAGGUGUGGCCCCUGGAGAAAGCCCGCUGCGUCGGUGACGUCGGGAUAAGAAGGUCAGCCUUGCGCUGGCAGGGACGUGAAGAGAAGCGGCUACGCACCGAGAUCCGUGUCCCGCUACGAUGAGAGACACCAAGGCCUCGGCAGUCACUGACCCGCAGAAGGACGGUGUUCACCUUAAAGAUAACUAGCAGGAAGUUAUUAUGCAGUUAAUACAUCUUCAUCAAGUUUCAUUUAACUUACCCUGAGGCAUAUGUGAAAAAUGAUGUGCACUGCCAAGAAGUGUGGGAUUAGAUUCCAGCCUCCAGCUAUCAUCUUAAUUUAUGAGAAUGAAAUCAAAGGGAAGAGUCGUCAGCGCAUCAUGCCAGUUCGAAACUUUUCAAAGUUUUCAGAUUGUUCAAGAGCUGCUGAACAAUUAAAGAAUAAUCCACGACACAAAAGUUACCUAGAACAAGUAUCUCUGAAGCAAUUAGAGAAGUUGUUUAGUUUUUUACGAGGUUACUUGCAGGGACAAAGCUUAGAGGAAACCAUGAAACAAAUUGAACAGGAAACAACCAUUGAUCCUGAGGAAGAUCUAAACAAACUAGAUGACAAGGAGCUUGCCAAAAGGAAGAGAAUCAUGGAUGAACUUUUUGAGAAAAAUCAGAAGAAGAAGGAUGAUCCGGAUUUUGUUUAUGACAUUGAGGUAGAAUUCCCACAAGAUGAACAAGUUCAGUCCUGUGGCUGGGAUACAGAGUCAGCCGAUGAGUUCUGAUGCCAAACUCAAUUUAUUAGGCUAGAAGAAUAUGUUUCUAUAAAGAACAUAGUAUGGUUCUAAAAAAAAAUCUAUCAAUAGCACUAAGUAUAUGUGUUGGGUCAUAAAAACCAGGACAUUUACAUUUACUGUGUAGAUACAAGAUGAACAUAGGAAGAAAACAUAGGCAUCUGCCUUUAGGAUCUCCUUUGGGAGAUUAAAAAAAAAAAAGCUAAUCAAUAAUGUUAAGCAGCAAAAAGUUAGAACCAGGUGCUUAGUAAAGACAAGAAGUUAGAGCCUAAAUUACUAUACAAUGCAACAACCAUGGAAGAUCUUAGUGGAGAAAUAGUGUUUUGCCUGGUCUUUCAAAUGGUAAUAUUUGGAUAGGAGCUUAUAAUAGAAUUCCAAGUGAGAGCAACUGGGGAAAAGAGGAAGGAAAGUAGUAAAGAGACAAGAAAGAGAUUUUUUUUAAUUUGAGUAACAGUAAGCAAAUUGUAGUUUGAUGGUUGGAGAACAUUAAGUCUGGUAUACUUAAGUUUUUGUGCAUACAUAACUCUAGAGGGGACUAUCAAUGCACCAUGCUAGCUUCACGUGGAUGGCCUGUGAUGAAUAACAGGAGAAUUCUGCCUCUGUGGGGUCAGAAAAUACAUACGAAAAAUAUUCUCAAACCACAAUGAGAGCUUUGUUUGUAAAAUGGGAAAUCCAUCCAUAAUGAAUGAGCAAUAUGUACUGCCAGCCAGGCCUGUUCAUGAGUUUGGGUGUACAAAGAGGAUCUUCGUUUAACAGUAUCUGUGUGAUGAUGUAUUUGUUCUUGCUAGAAUGCUGUUUAACUGGUAGAAGUCCUAUGUUUUCACUAGGGAUAUUAAUAUUCAUUAAAUAAGGCUAUGUAAAUAAUUAUUGUUUUUAUCUGUUUAUCUCUACUGUCUUUCCCAUCAAAUACCAUAAUAAGGGGAUUAUUUAUAUAGUGCUAACAAAUCAGAGUCUGAAGAUAGGCACGUCUCUUACAUAUAUUUGCCAAAGACAGCAAAAAGAAUUUGCAGAAUUAGAGAGCCUUCUGUACCUACAUCAUUUUCCAUAUACCUCAUUGUAUAUAUUGAGUAAUUUAAAAGCUGCCUUUAGUAGUACUGUGAAUACUCAAUUUUAAUAAACAUUAAGUUGUCUUCUA